GAACCUGUGCGCCUAUCGCACGUGCACGCCCUGCGCGCGCGCUGCGUGAGGAUGCGUGCGCAUGAUGACGCGCGCGGGUUCGAUGCGGCGCGGCGGGCUUGGCAGUGCGCCUGUGCGGUUGGUGUGUCCUGAUGGAGCGAGGCGGCGGCUUCGGGACGGGAUCCCGGCCUGAGGGUACUGCGCGGGGUAGCCCUCUUUCAGGGAAGGUCGCAGAACCGGGCGCGGUGCGGACCUCUCACCCCAACUACAGGCCUCAAGGCAUGGAAGGAUUUUUGAAAUCUGAUGAGAGGCAGAGAUUGGCUAAAGAAAGACGGGAAGAAAGAGAAAAAUGUCUGGCGGCUCGAGAACAACAAAUCCUGGAGAAACAGAAAAGAGCCAAGCUCCAGUACGAAAAGCAAAUUGAGGAGCGAUGGCGAAAACUGGAAGAGCAGCGGCAGCGGGAGGAUCAGAAGAGGGCUGCUGUGGAAGAGAAAAGGAAACAGAAGCUUCGGGAGGAGGAGGAACGGCUGGAGGCAAUGAUGCGCAGGUCCCUGGAGCGCUCACAGCAGCUAGAGCUAAAGAAGAAGUAUUCGUGGGGAGCAUCACUGCCCAUGGGACCCGGAGGACGUGAUGCAUGUGACAAACUUUCAACAUCAACUAUGAAUUUGCCAAAGCCAACGGAGCCUCCCAUGAGUAAACGCCUGUCUUCAUCCACCGUGGCAAUAUCCCAUUCCCCAGACCGAGCUCAUCACAUGUACUUUAGUGAAAUGGAAGCCAUUCUUUCGCGACUGUUGACACCUACACAGUCUUCUUUAGCGAGAAGCAGAACUUCAUUCAGGCUCUCUGGGCAGGCCAGUGACUCAGUAUUUCCUGUCUGUCCUCGUUUAGCUCUUCUUGGCCCUCUUAACCCUUCUUACAAGUCUUCACCGACUCGAAACAUUGAGAAGAAGAAAGCUGCAUCUACAUCUGCAUCUACAUCUGACACAGGAGAUGUUGGGAAAGAAGCCCUUGUGGGAGGAGAGGCCUCUCUGGUGGAGAAGGUAAAGCGGGGGCAACGAACAGCAACUUCUCUUCCCACUGUGAAUUUCGGGUCCCCUCUGAGAAGAUGCGAGCUUUCUGGAAGCAUUCCUAAGAGACCGUCUUCUCCUGUGAUAUCCAAGACAGCUACUAAAGCUUAUCCACAGUCUCCAAAGACAACAAAACCUCCCUACUCAGGGUCUCCUGUGAGAUACCGCUUACCUGCCCUUUCCAGCCAAGAGACGCCCAAGAAGAAAGCAGAUAAAGAGAAGAGCAACAAGGAAAGGGAAGGUGCCUUGACUCAGCAGACUGCUGGCCCGCAAGGGGAGGAAGCCCCAGAGAAGCAUCUAGUGGACAAGCAUGCCAGUGAGAAGCACACUGCUGCCGCAGGAGGGAAGGCCGAAAACGGUGCAGCCUUGGGGAAGCCCACAGCAGGCACCACUGAUGCAGGAGAGGCUGCAAAGAUCUUGGCGGAAAAGAGAAGACAGGCCCGGCUACAGAAGGAACAGGAGGAGCAAGAACGACUGGAGAAGGAAGAACAAGAUAGGCUGGAGAGAGAGGAAUUGAAAAGAAAGGCAGAGGAGGAAAGGCUUCGCCUAGAAGAGGAAGCCCGAAAGCAGGAAGAGGAAAAGAAGAAACAGCAGGAAGAGGAAAAGAAGAAACAGCAAGAGGAAGAGAAAAGAAAGGCAGGCAUGAUUGAAAAGCAGAAAGAAGCAGCAGAGGCAAAGGCCCGAGAAGUAGCUAAACAGAUGCGUCUAGAAAGAGAACAGAUCAUGCUGCAGAUUGAGCAAGAACGACUAGAGAGAAAGAAGGUAAGGGCUGAGGGAUCAUGAAGACUUAGGGUAAGUGAACAGGAGGUGAAUCCAGUUCUAUUCUGUGAAGACCCCAAAGUCGGGGUUCAGCCUGCUGUGUGUGUGGAAAAUAAGACAAAACCAGUUGUCCCCAACAAAAUGCAAAUCAAUGGAUUGAACACCUGCCAGGAAGUUAAUGGUGUGGGUCACGCUGCCCCAGAAACUUAUCCCCAAGACAUUUUCUCUAAUGGGCUUAAGCCAGCUGGGGCACUUGUUCAUCUAGAUGCCCUUGAUGGGAAAUCCAACAGUCUGGAUGAUUCAACUGAAGAAGUACAGUCUAUGGAUGUGAGUCCUGUUUCAAAAGAAGAGCUUAUCUCUAUCCCAGAAUUUUCACCAGUGAGUGAAAUGAUUCCUGGGGUGUCUCUGGACCAAAAUGGAACUGGUAAUGCCCGAGCACUUCAAGAUCUCUUAGAUUUCACUGGUCCCCCCACAUUCCCCAAGAGAUCCAGUGAAAAUCUCAGCCUGGACGACUGUAAUAAAAACCUUAUCGAAGGAUUUAACAGUCCUGGCCAAGAAACUCCUCUCAACACCUUCUGUUGACAAAUACAGCAUCCAUUUAAUGAAAGGUGUUGGAGAACCUGUAAAGCUGCUGGUAGUCAAAUCCGAGCUGCCGGCCAUCUCAAGAAGCUUCUGACACCCUUACCGCUGGAUCCCAAAUUAUUAGCUCGGAAUGUAACUGUAUUCCUAAGUAGUAUGUCUAACACUGGCCAUUCUUGUUAGAAACCUUGAGACUUUCACCUUGUUGGGCUUUAGCAAAGUUUCCUUUUACAGUUCUGUUUUUGAGCUUCAGCUGCUGAUAAAGCACUUCCUGUACCUCUCUAUUAUCAUAGUGACCCUCUGAAUAACCUGAGUGACUGGCUCAGCAAUUCGCUUUAUAACCAUUCUUCUUCCCAAAGUCGGAGCACAUAAACAUUUAGAUGUCUUUUCCUGUGAACUAUUCUAGACAUUUACCCAAACUCUAGUUAAACAUAUACUCAACUUGUGCUGUAUAUAUGUCCCUGUCUUUUGAGACAGAGAAGAAAUUCAGGAGGUUCUCUGUCUCCAGAGUUUCUCUAUUAGAAGGCAGUAUCAAGAAGCCUUUAAAAAAUUAUUGUUAAGCUUUGCUACCUGCAUAAAUGCAUUGCCUCACAUUAUUCUUUUGGGGUUAAAGUAGUAAGUUUGGCUGAGGAAGAAAGUCAAAACAGUCAGUAAUGAUUUCUGUUCUCUUAUGCAUAUUCGUGUAUACAUGGCAACUGAAUCUAGCAAGGACUCUUUCAUGUCACACCUUAAAAUCUUCACACAGUAGUCACUCCAGACCAUUGAGUGGCUUUCCUAAUGACUCCUAUGUCUUGUGUGCAGGUGGUUGGUUUUCAUGUUCUUGCAAUUUGUUUUUCUAUUGGAUCUUGGCAGUUUUCUUUGUUUAUUUGCUCCUGUGUUUGCCCAGCUUUAAUAAAACCAGGCACAAAGGAAAAUCAUAGCGUUCGUUCUGAAACAAUAGGGGGCCCACACUGAACUCCGUAUGUCACUUUCAACAUUAAGAAAACACCUGAAUGGUAAAAAUGACACUAAAAUGUAUACUCGUCACAUUUUAUGCCAUAUAGUGGCAUGUUUUCUUAAUUUUGUUUCUUGCGGUGAAAUGUGGCUUUCAGAUUAAAAUGACCUCUUCUUCUCUGAAACUUUUUGUUUUGACUUGUAUAAUUAAGCGUUUAGAAAGAUUCAUAAUUCUGAGAGAGGUUUGCAACCAGGAGAUAUAAAGAAGUCUCAGCAGUAAUCUUGUUCAUGUGCUUGUAUAGCCAGCUACAUUUAAGAAUGUAUUAGUUAAGGAAACUGCGUCUGCGUAUAUGUCUAUACUCAAUAAAAUACAUGCCUCCACAUAAUGCGGUGUUGUCCAUCUUGGCGAAUACUGGCGAAGUCCCUUUCUGACAAGCACACAGAAACCAUAGCAUGGUCUGGCUUUCAAAAAAUGCCUCUCAUUUUUCCUAAAACCUUAUUUUGCUAAAUGUCUGUUUUCUUGUGAUUUGUUGUACCUCACAACACCAUUGUGACUGUGGUGAUGCCUCAUUUGCAUGAUAUAUACAUUGUGUUUAAUGUGAAAUACAUUUUCAUUGAAGAGUCUGA